AUGCCGUAUAUAAUAGGAGAUAGAAAAAUCAAGCUCGAUUCGAGUAUCACGGAGUCAGAUGAGCAAUUACUAUUGUCGCAUGCAAAUAUAUUCCGCUGCUGUCUCAACAAUGCACUCUUCCAAUAUUGCAUUGAUUUGAAAAAGACUGUGCAUUUAUAUCUGGAUAUCAUUGUCAUAUACGCUACCCUAUUGAGAAAAGUCCCGAACUAUGAUGAUAUCACAAUCAUGGCUAAUAAAUGCAAGUUGAACAUGUUAAAGUUGGAAGAUGAUUUUAAUGAAUUGUUUGGAAAUGAUGUCAAUGCAUCACUACAUCAGUACGGCAAGUUAUGUUCGAAUUGGGAAGAUAAAAGCUAUUCAAAUAGCAUCAAGCCUUCAAGUAUGUUGAUUAUUGACUCAACCUUGGAGUCUUUUGAAAUCAUGGUCAAGACAUUGUCGUGUAUUGAUCUAUUCUUCCAGAGUUUUAACAACUUGAAAAAGCUACUUAUUCCAUUUCUACUUGAACAGACCAAAUCUAUAGUCCUGUCUUUGUCCAAGAUUAAGCAGUUUUUGGCUCUUGAUAUUCCAGUUGACUUAUUAGCAAAGGGAGCUUUGGGGUCUGAGACUUCUGUCUUCGAGACGAUGAAAAGAAUUGAAAAGGUAACCACUGGUAUAGAAAGAGAAUCGUUGAUUCUAGAAACUGCAUUUUUGACAUUUAACGGAUCCUUAAAACAUUAUACGAGUAUUUUAUUGGGAAGAGCCAUAUUGAAGAGGGAGAUUGACCCAAGAGAUUGUGAGCUCUUCACCAGAAGAGGUAUAUGUUAUCAGGCUGCUGAGAACGUGGUGGCAAUUCCCUUGACCGAGGAAUCAUUAAACAAGAGUAACAACCCAAUGGAUUAUCUCAACAAGUACCUUUCGUACAUUGUCAUCUUGUUGGUAGUUUUGAUUAGUAUUGUAUUCUAUAGAUUGUUUAAGGUUUUAUUGGGUUAA